ACAAAAGGAAGAAAAACACGUUAAACAAAAGCAAAAGCAGGCGACCGGUUAGAUUUCUUAGCAACGCCAAACAAUUGUUAAAAUUUCCAGAAAUUUUCAACAAGAAAUCGAUUCCAAUAUAAACCUAAUUUAAUUCAAAAGCAAAUAACUUCAACACAAAAAUGGCUGAUGGUGAUAAGAUUGAAGUGCGCGACGUCACACGCAUCGAACGUAUUGGCGCUCAUUCACACAUACGCGGUCUUGGUCUUGACGAUGUGCUGGAAGCGCGUGCUGUAUCACAGGGCAUGGUUGGUCAAAAAGAUGCACGACGUGCCGCUGGAGUUGUAGUGCAAAUGGUACGUGAAGGUAAAAUUGCUGGUCGUUGCAUUUUACUGGCAGGUGAACCGAGUACCGGCAAGACUGCAAUUGCUGUGGGAAUGGCACAGGCAUUGGGAACUGAGACACCGUUUACCAGCAUGUCUGGUUCAGAGAUCUACUCACUUGAGAUGAGCAAAACUGAGGCGUUGUCACAGGCGUUGCGCAAAAGUAUUGGUGUACGCAUAAAAGAAGAAACAGAAAUUAUAGAGGGUGAAGUUGUGGAGAUACAAAUUGAUAGGCCUGCCACGGGUACGGGCCAAAAAAUAGGAAAGGUCACCUUGAAAACAACUGAAAUGGAGACGAACUACGAUUUGGGCAAUAAAAUUAUCGAAUGCUUUAUGAAGGAAAAAAUACAAGCUGGCGAUGUUAUAACCAUCGAUAAAGCAUCCGGUAAGGUAACCAAAUUGGGGCGUAGUUUUACACGUGCACGUGAUUAUGACGCUACAGGUGCACAGACACGUUUCGUCCAAUGCCCAGAAGGUGAACUACAGAAACGCAAAGAAGUAGUACACACAGUAACACUACACGAAAUCGAUGUCAUCAAUAGUCGUACACACGGUUUCCUGGCACUCUUUUCCGGUGAUACGGGUGAAAUUAAACAAGAAAUACGCGAUCAAAUCAACAAUAAAGUACUUGAAUGGCGCGAAGAGGGUAAAGCAGAAAUCAAUCCCGGCGUGCUAUUCAUCGACGAAGUACAUAUGCUGGACAUAGAAUGUUUCUCAUAUCUAAAUCGUGCGCUUGAAUCCGAUAUGGCACCUGUUGUCGUCAUGGCUACCAAUCGUGGUAUUACACGUAUACGCGGCACAAAUUAUCGCAGUCCACAUGGUAUACCAAUAGAUUUAUUAGAUCGUAUGAUUAUCAUACGAACUGUGCCGUAUACAGAAAAAGAAAUAAAAGAAAUCUUAAAGAUACGUUGCGAAGAAGAAGAUUGUCUAAUGCAUCCAGACGCACUAACAAUUCUCACACGUAUUGCCACGGACACUAGCUUACGUUAUGCAAUACAAUUAAUAACCACAGCGAAUUUAGUAUGCCGACGUCGCAAGGCGACAGAAGUAACCACAGAAGAUGUUAAGAAAGUGUAUUCUUUAUUUUUGGAUGAAAAUCGCUCCAGUCAGAUUCUGAAGGAAUAUCAAGAUGAAUAUAUGUUUAAUGAAAUACAAGAACCCAAUGAUUGUGAAGUUGUGACAAAGCGUGAAGAAGCUGGCGGUGGUGAUGAACAACCUAUGGAACAUUAAAUAGACACUUUGAUGGACAACAGUUGAUUACAUACAUACAUACAUUCGUAAACUUUUAAUGCUUUAGUUGAAAAUAAAAA